UCGAAAUCAAUGGUUGUCAGAAUGGCGACCUGAGUAAGUGUGCUGCACAUAGUGAAGAUACUACUACAUAUAAACGUCUUUAUGUCGGCCCGAGGUGAAACACACGUGGUGGCUGAUAAGGUAAAGGAUUUUCCGAUCGACAUCUUCUCCCCUUCACUAUGACCGGGGCCUCUGAGUCAGGCACUACAAAUGUUCCUCCCAAAGAGACGAACCAGAAUUCGAACGACGAUGAUCCGCCACCGGUAACCCUUGCAAGGCCUUUCAGAUCCAGGAAAAAUCGACCAUGCGAUGGCUGCAGCGAAGACGAGAUGUGCGAUCACAGAGGUGGGAACGCCGUGUGUAGAGUGCCAGCACACCCGCAAGAAAUGCACCUUCGAUGAGCUACCUCGAGAACGGAAAAAGCCCAACAAGCGGUCGCUGUCGCCUCAAGAACUCACCAUUGACAGCGUCAAUCCGGCCCCAUCGAAACGUUCACGUACGACUGCUGCAGGCCCCGCCCAGGCUGUCAAUGCUGAUCCUGGUCCGAGCACGCAACAGAUCAAUGACUCAGAUGCUGUUGCGCUAGAGGAGACUCGUGGAUACCAUAUUAUUACAGCAGUGUUGACGGACGAUCUUUUACCGGUGGGGGCGCGCAAGGCUGGUGGCGAGAGGAACGAGCAGACGCGACAGAUCUCACUCGAUGGUAGGAAUCCUCAGUAUGCUAUAUUCAGUAGGAAGUCAGACAAGCAACGACUGCGCCCUCCAGAUUCUUACCUCCACAAUGUCAAGUCUGCUCUGUCUCUUCUCCAUCCUCCGCCUCGCCAGACCGCCCUUCUCGACCUUUAUUUGUCCGCUAGCAAUGCCGCGUUUCCGAUUCUACCCCCGCCCAAACAUAUUCUGGCCGGCACCCAGUCAACAUCCUCGCCAUACUCACCUGAUUAUCCAUACCCUUUGCCCGUGCUCUCUAAAAUCUAUACUGCUGCACUUAUCCAUGCACCCAGGGGGAUGUAUAGGCCAUUGGUCAAAACGGUGAGGAGGCUGACGGAAGGACAGGAGGCAACCGGACUUCCAAGGAGCAGUUUAACGAGCAUCUCCGAUGCACUCCUGGAUAUAUCGGCGCGUCCCUUGAGUAGCGCGGAGGAUGACUAUCUGAUUUUGGCCCGGGCUCUCGCGCAGGCACAGCUCUUGGGACUUCAUAUAGACCCGACUAACUGGGGUAUACCGUCCUGGGAGAAGGAUUUCCGACGUGUACUGUGGUGGGCAUUACGAGUUCAUGACUCCUGGGCUUCAUUCCUUAAUUCACGGCCUUCUCAUGUACAGACGAAUAACCAUACUGUCCCGUUGCCGUCCAUCGCCACUAUUCUUUCUGCCACCCAGCAAUUGAAACCUUCACAUCCGGUGUUAGGUAGCUCACCCGGUCAUCUCUCGAAUGUUUCUUCUCCUCGUUCGCAGCACCAACAUAGCCCUCAGGGACAUCCGCCUUCGCAGCGAGGAUCGCCGUUUACUCCAAUUCGUUCCGUCCCCUCUGUUCCCCUGCAUGUUCACUCUGCCAACUCCUUUCUUCACCUAUGUCGGCUAACGAUUCUUGUUUCGCGACUACAAACGCAAGUGUGUACUCUUAUGGCGCCAAAGGAUGAACGGCUGGGGCGUGUCGUUGACAUUGAGAAAGAGGUGGGAUCAUUAUUGGAGGAAGCGCGUGAUGCGCAGAAGGAGGGUGCAGCAGACGCCUCGGGGUUCCCGUCAUUAAUGACUUGUCUCCUUGGCUUUCGGUGCAUGGCAAGGCGUAUAGCAAUUGAACUUAGCAUAGGGCUCGGCAGUCCAUUCACACCCGAUCCGGAGACUUUGGAAAAAUAUGCUCAGGCUGUGGAGUACAUAACUUCACUAGAAGGUCGAGCAUUCGAUGGGUUUUGGCUUGUUUAUGUCGGCCACAUUCUUUCUUCAGUAACAUCUUCCCUUAUCCGGCUCAGUCUUGCUACCACGGCCUCCCUCGACUCCCCCUCUACGUCUCCUCCAGCCCAACAACACCGUCUUCAGGUCGACACCCGCACGAACCCAAUAUUUCUUCUUUGUCGUCUGCGAUGUGCCCUUCAAAAGGCACGGGACCUCCACCACUGGGACCUUGCCGACGCCGCCCUGACACGGGCGGAGAACGUUGCUUCCUGUCUACAGAACCUGGGCGACGAGUUUGGGAAUGUGGUUCUUGCCCUUAAAGGCACGUUGUUCAAUCAACACGAAGAGAUAUUCCUCCAGGCUAUGGGAGGACAUGGUAAUGGGAACGUGGAGGCUAUGAUCGCAACGGAUGUGAGGAACUGGAAUAUCGAUCUCAAUGCCUUUGGGACUGGUACGGAUUGGAGCGGGUUCGAGGGCAUGCCAGCCGUGGGGCCGUCGCCGGAUUAUGGAUUUAUUUCAUCAUAAUAAUACGGGCAUUUAAUGCAAGAGAAGCCAAAAUCGUGCAUUGUCGUCCCGCAUAC